AUGGCUAAGACAAGGAGUAUGACUAGAAACCAGAAUCAUGAUGAUGAUGAGGCAUCAUCAUCUAGCAGAAAGAAGAGGUUCAAGACUUAUGAUCACGGUGGCGUGGCACCUUGUGGAGUUUGCAAGUCAUGGAGAUCACUCGCACUCGAUAACAAGAACAAGUUUAUGGCCUCCAAACCACCCAUGUUGAUGUCCAUCUCUGAUCCUUCUUAUAAGAAGAAAGAGUGCUACUGCUGUCUGGAGGAUUUUGAAGGAAGAAAGUUCAAAACCAUGAUUCCCAAUUCAUCUGGAAGGACUUGUAUCGGGUUAACUUGUGGCUACUUAAUAUUGUUAGGGGAGGAAACUCAAGACUUGUGGCUUGUGAAUCCUAUCACAAGGCAUCAACUUCAUUUCCCAUGUGUUCCUUUCAAUGCCCCUCUUUUUCCAAAUGGAGUCAAGGCUAUCCUCGUCUUUUCACGUACAAUAAAUGGGUGGGUGUUUGUUGUGUUAAAUCAAUCCCAGCAUGAAAUAUGCUUUUCUAUAUCGGGUAAAGCUGCAUGGAAUCAUGUCUCUACUUCCUACAUCCUUGAUUUACAUGUUUUCAAGGGGAAGAUAUAUACGAUAGACGUGUAUGGUGUUGUAUGUGAAAUGGUACUCACUCCAAACCCUAAAUUGACAUUACUCAAAAUCAAGGAUAUGUUGAAGCCACAGUUCUUAUAUCCCGGGUUUGUAAGUUGGGAUGAAAAACUUUAUGUGAUGGAUAUCUUUCUAGAAUAUUCCAACAUGGUUCAGCUAUUAGAUCUUGAUGAAAUGAAAUGGGUGACACAAAAAGAAAGGGCAAUUGGAGAACUUGCUUUCUUUCUUAGUGUGUGGAGGUAUGAUGCUGCCAUUAAACCAGAGUCAUGGGUUGACUCUGUGGACCCUCUGUUGAAAUAUAAGAGAUAUGAACGCUUCAUUGACACUAGUGAUAAAAGUCGAAAACAUAGGUUUUUUGCUGUAGACAAAUGGUACUUCCCUGAUCGUUGUGUGAAUGUUGAUCAUGUAAAUGAGUGA